AUGAAGAGACUUCUAUCCUUCUUCAUUAUCCUUGUGAUCUGGACUACACAAGUCCUCGCCCAUUGGAAUUACAACAACUUGAUCAUAAACGGCAAAGUUGCUGGAGACCCUUACCAAUACGUCCGCCGGACCAACAAUUCCAACGCACCUCUACAGAUUGUUAACAGCACUGACAUGCGUUGUAACGCUGGUGCAUCGCUCGGUACAUCCCUCAACACCAGCACCUUGACCAUAAACGCAGGCGACGAGCUCGGCUUCGUCAUUGAGUCUACUUUCGGCCACCCCGGCAUCCAGCAAGUUUACCUAUCCCGUGCCCCCGAUGGCGUGAACGCUGCGGACUACGACGGCAGCGGGGAUUGGGCCAGGAUUUAUGCCGUGACGACGCUGGCCAACUCGACCUUGGGAGACGAGGGCCUGGUCUGGGCCAUGCGGCGAACGCAUUCGUUCAGGUUCCCGCUCGCUCGCAAUGUCCCGCCGGGGGAAUACCUACUACGGGCCGAGGGGUUGGCACUGCAUGCCGCGCACAAGCUCGACUGCGCCCAAUUCUACGUCGGAUGCGCACAGGUCAGAGUCGUCGGGGACGGGACCGGGGUGCCGGCUCCCUUGGUCAGCAUACCCGGAGUCUACAGUGAUACGACACCUGGCGUGCUGAUCCCCGACUUCUGGACAAGGAUCACGAACUACACUGAACCAGGUCCCGAGUUAUGGCCACCAGGUACUCAGACGCAACAUGUUGUGAAACAACUGGAUUCCUGA